AUGUAUCCAGUGAGGAAAGUUUCUUCCGAAGUAGUGGAAAACUGCCUCGUGGAGAAAUUCUUCCCCACGUUCGGCGUCCCCCAGGCUAUCGUUUCUGACAAUGCUGCAGUCUUCAAGUCGCGGUGGUUCUACAAUCUGUGCUUCUCUUGGGGCAUUCGCCACAUCACGACUUCACCUUAUUACCCUCAAGCUUCUCAGGUUGAGCGGUUUAAUCGGAAUUUGAAGGCUGCCCUGAUCAUUUAUCACCACCGUCAACACACUCGUUGGGACGAAAACCUGCCCUCGUUGUCCAUUGCCUUUAACACUGCGUGGCAUGAGUCGACGGGAGCGACUCCGGCUUCCCUAUUUUUGGGGAGGGAGAUGAACCAUCCCCUGGGCCUUAAAUGGGAAUUUCGUGAGCUGGAGCUCCAGCGGGACCCCAAGAAUAUGGGUGAAUACUGGGAGGCUGCCCUCGCUAAUUUGAGGAAGGCUCGGGCUAGGGUGGUAGCCAGGUACAAUGCGGGGAAAAGGCCGGGAGAGUUUCGCGUGAGGGACUCGGUUUUAGUUCGAUUACAACCGCUGAGUCCGAAGUCACGCCAGCGCUCCGCCAAGCUCGAUCUCAAGUGGUCGGUACCUCUCAUUAUUACUAAGUUUGUAUCGUCGGUGACGGCCCUUCUGGCCAACCCUGAAACUGGGGUUAUCAUAAGAAAAGCCCACAUAUCUCAACUCAAGCCAUAUAUUUUGGCGGGGUAG